GGCCGGGAGUUGUCAGAAGCGCGUGCCCAGGAUGUUGUCGCUCCGGGGGCUGCUGCUGCUUCUGCUGGCGGGGGCGACGGCCGCCUUUGGAGUCCCCCCCAGCAACGAGACGGCUCGGGUGGCGCGCUUCGUGGCGCACGCCUGCGACUGGGGCGCGCUGGCCACCCUCUCCACGCAGCCACAGGUGCAGGGGCAGCCCUUCGCCAACGUCUUCUCCAUAAGCGACGGGGAGUUAUCCAAGGGCACCGGGGUGCCCUACAUGUACCUGACCCCCUUGGAAAUCUCGGUGAAGGACCUGCAGGUCAAUGGAAAUGCCUCCUUAACACUCUCCUUGGCACAGACUUCCUAUUGCAAGGAUAAGCACUAUGAUCCUCAGAGUCCUCUGUGUGCCCAUGUGAUCUUCUGUGGAGUAGUUGAGAAGGUGACUGGAGCAGAAGAAGAAUUUGGAAGGAAGGUACUAUUCAACAGACAUCCUGAAAUGGAAGAUUGGCCUGCUGAACAUGACUGGUUUGUUGCCAAACUCAACAUUGCUAACAUUUGGGUCCUGAGCCAUUUUGGGGGAAUUGAAUCUGUGUCCCCUGAAGACUACUUUAAGGCCACCCCUCAUUGAGGAAGAUUUUUGGAUGAAAUGAAUGAAGCUUUGCACUUCCAAAACUAGAAGCACUGAUGCUGGGAAAGAAAAGACAAUUCUGUAGGAUGCCAAAUCUGGACCAUCUUUUCAAGUUCCUGAUGACGCUGCCUCUGCUGUGCACACUUUGUGCAACCAAGCUUUUCAGAUCUAGAAUCUACAGGCGGAGGGAAAUCUGAUUGGGUGUUCCAAGUAUUUAGAGCACUGCAAUGUGCAUAUGGUAGAAUAAUUCAUUUUGCCUUUGCCUCAACAAACUUAUGCAAGGGAAUAUACCAAUGACACUACCUCCCUAACUUGGCAAUAGAAGUGCAGAAAAAUGCAGUAGGAAGAAGUAGGGGCGGAAUCAGGAAAUCCCAAAUUUAAUGUGAAUUUUUAGUAGCAUGGCCUUAGGAACACUUUUCUGGGAGUAAACCCCCUUGAACACAGCUGAGUAGGAUUCGGUGUAGACCUGUGUAGGAUUAUUCUCUACAUUUAGCAAUAAAUGGUGCCUCCUUUAGUGGGCAAAAAUGUAUAUGCACCACCAAACAUCUCUAUAGCAGAGCUUGAAUUUUGUCUAGUUGUCUGCACUAAUGAAUAAUUUGGCGUUGCCAUAACUGACCAGCCCCACAGUCUAUUUGGAGAUGUGCCCUGAGCCUUGAUCCAGCUAGGAUCAUCUUGUGUGUGAACACAUACCUCCACCAGCAAAGACAGGCCUGAGUUUGAAAACUAGACUUUGCAGGACAGUGCAGUUUUUGUUUGUGUAAAUGUAAGAACUGUCCCAGUGACAUGGAAAAAGAGUUGUUUUGGGGCAAAAGGGCCAUGUAGAUAAGUGUAACUGAACUCACUUCCUGCCUUUGGUUUGCCUUCCCACCGCCCCUUUCUCCAAGCACAUCUUGCUUAGUCAAGGUCAACUGUAAUCUGAGCGUGACUGAAGAGAAAACAGGAAGUAGCGCCAUAGAGAUAGCUCUGAGUUCCUCACCCUUGUGUCUUUUUUGUUGUAGACAAACCAUCCACACCCUUUUUCUUUCUUCAUGGUUUGAGUAAGUUCUGUUUUUAUGCACAGCCACUUCUACCACUUUUGUUUGAUAUGGUAUGAAAGAAUACCUGCUCAACUGGGGACAUAUAUGCAACUUGCAAAUGUAUGUAAAUUCUGUUGGCUGACUUUCAACAUGCUGAUAUUGAGUCUUGGAUCACUGUCAUUAUAACCAUCUGAGUUAUCUUCUAGUCUGGCCUUCAUCUGUGUUCUGAAGAGAAACUAUCCAGUGGUGAAGUAAGAUUUGGCAAAUGAGGAAAACCUGGCUAUGGUCUGUUAAUGUUAACCAGAAGUGCCCUCAUAUGCAAUUUUGAAGCAGUCUAUGGAACAGCGUUAUGAGGAGAUUCAACAUUAGCCCCAGUUGACUGCAAUGCAAAUAGCUCACUAUACCAUAAUUGAAACCAUGGAGAGAGAACUCAUCCAUGAAAGAGAGGUUGGAGCCCAGAAAAUAAUCCCAAUCUCCUGUCCUUGUCUGCUUUGAUACCAAAGAUUUCCCACAUUGUAGCUACCUGACAGAAAUAAGACUGACAACAAUCAACACAACACAAGAAACUGUUGCAAGGGCAAUUUCAUUCAGAAUCCCAUCAUCAAACUGACACUUUGAAAUAAAUUUUGUCAUAUCUUUA